UAUAAGGUGUUAUUUGGUGGCAGGUAACCUUUCAAGGUACUCUACUUCACGCUCAAAGCAUCGCCAGGAUACCAUAAUUUUAGAUGAGUGAGAAAUGAUUGGAGAAAAAAUAAUGAUAAAAUUUGAUAACGUGGAAGGCGAACAAGAAUUUUUUUUCCGCUUCUGUGUGGCUCAGUCGAGAGCGAUAGUUCGUCGUAAAUGUUUCAAUUUUUCGGAGUGAAGUGUCCACUUUCGAAAUGGAGAUUACACGUUUGAAAACUUGCUGUUGCGGUGUUUUUUCGCUUCGGACUGGAUCUUUGAUUAUAUUAUGGAUUAAUUUGAUUGUUGGGCUUCUUUUGGCAUUCCUUCCAGCUUAUUUUAAUUCUUCUACGGAGUUUAACAGUUCGUUAAAUGGAAGUGUCGAUUUUUCCACUCAAUACAACAGUAAUCCGUUUAAGAAAACUACCACAACUCCUCGUACUGAAAUUGAUCUCGAUCAAUGGAGUAAGGAGUAUUCACUCAAUCCUAGAGCUGUCGAAGCAAUUAGGAUGUGGUCUCCACCUACAGGCUGGAUCUUGACUGUCACAAGUAUCAGUGCCAUUUACGGUGUCUCAAAGUCCAAACCGUUAUUCGUGUUACCCUUCAUUUUAUGCAGUUUAUUAAUAACAGUUUUAUUGGCUGUGGUAGAAGUAGCUGUAUCGACGAAACAAUUUAUAUUCUGCACAGUGGCUUACUUACUUAUACAUACUGAAAUAUUUAUUUAUUUUAUAUUGGUGUUAUACAGUCAUUAUCGUAUCAUCGCUGGAUAUAUUCAAGAUGUGUAGGUUACGAAUGAAGAAUUUUUCCAUCCAUCUCCAAUCUCCACAUACUCUCAUUCUUAAAUAUUUAAAUGUUACAUUUUUUACGGAUUUUAAUUACGGUCGAGUUCAAUGACUUGAGUUUUCCCACCUUCAAUUCAUCAGACGUAAUCUAUAAGGAAUUAUUUAUAUAAGUUCGAUACGUACAUUUAUGCAUUUAAAACAAAAACAAAAAGAACUUGUUUACAAAAUGUAACAAGUAGGUAAAUAAAUGCGCCUUUUUUUUUUGUUGGAAGUUUGACAUGGUGUAAUGUAAUGGUCAGUUUACUUUGGAUAGGUGGGUUAACAAGGAACUCGUAACUCUGUCAAAACUUGUUUAUUUUCGGUAUAGAUAUCUAAGCAUCGGUGGGUCGUCUUCGGAACACCAUCGAAAAAAAAUCAUCAAAAUAGGUGGGUAAAUGUAGUAAGUAGAACUUUUUUUUUUUGCAAUUCAAAGUUAGUCUUUUUGUUGAUUUUUGAAAACUAUUUUGUUCUCAAAACAUCUAAUUAGCAAGCAAUACGAUUUCAAUUAUUGGUUCCCAAAAUUGUUCAAUAUUUCAACGUGCAAUAAGUAAAUUUGCCGAAACUAUUUUGAGCCUCACUUGUGGGCAAAGGAAUCAUGUAAUUAUCUAAAUGCUGUAUUUUUAUACUUUCUGAAGUUUGCUUAGUGACGAGGUAAAUUUGUUUACUACCUAUUUUUGAAGACUAUUAGCCAUUUUUUAGAAGUUUGAGAAAAUUAAUACCUUCGAGAAAGCUCAAUUUUCAAAAGUACCAAUGCAAAAUUUGAGCAUAUUAUACUAAGUGUAGAAAGCCCCACAAGCUAUAAUUUUAUCAAAAAAACUCCAUAAUUCUAUUAAUUCGUUUAAUUUUUACUUCGAUUCAAAAAUUUUGGGGGUGCGAAAGAUUGAACACCCUACACCUCUUACACUCUCUAAAUCAAUACUUAUCUUUCAUUAUCUAUAUCUAGCCUACUUCAUCUUUCAAAGUUACCCAAAAACUGAAGAAACGUUGAAAAAAUUCAGUAAAACUCACAAAAACAUUGUGAAAAUUUUAAAAGUGAUGUAAAAGUACUUAAAAAAGCAAUAAAACCCACAAAAAUUGAUGGAAUAGCAAAAUUUCCAAAAAAUAUCAUGAAAAUAUGUUUUAAAUGGCUAUGAAUAUGUUUUUAAAAAAACAACAACAUUUUAUUCAUUAGAAAUUAACAAUAAUUUUCAAAGCUUUUGCAAAAUUUAGCAAAAAUUGACUUACAGUAUUGUAAAAAAACACAUACUUAGGUAUCUAAGAUUUCAUAAAUUUAAAAAGUAAGCAGUAAGUAGGUAAGUAAAAAGGAUUGAAAGCGAUCAAAAUUUGCUCCAGAUCAAUAAAAUUUCUGCAAAAAUGUUCAAAAGUGACAUAAACAGGAUUACAGGAACAAAAAAAAAAAAAAAAAAAAAACAUAAAAAUGAUAAAAUAA